AUGGGUCAAGGUCCUUCGGGUAUGCCAGGUGGCGACAAUGCUAACAAUAAGAAGAAAGAUGACAAGAAGAAAGAAAAACCAAAAUAUGAACCACCAGUUGAAUCAAAAUUUGGUAAAAAGAGAAGAAAGGGACCUGAUACUGCUGUUAAAUUACCAGCAGUAUUUCCAAAUACAAGAUGUAAAUUAAAAUUAUUAAAAUUAGAAAGAAUUAAAGAUCAUUUAUUACUAGAAGAAGAAUUUGUUACUAAUCAAGAAGCUUUCCAACCUACUGAAGCAAGACAAGCUGAAGAACGGGAAAAAGUUGAUGAAUUAAGAGGUGCUCCAAUGGCGGUAGGUACUUUAGAAGAAAUCAUUGAUGAUGAUCAUGCAAUUGUUUCUAGUACUGCCAGUUCAGAAUAUUAUGUAUCAAUUAUGUCUUUUGUUGAUAAAGGAUUAUUAGAACCAGGUUGUUCAGUUUUAUUACAUCAUAAAACAGUUGCUGUUGUCGGGGUAUUACAAGAUGAUGCCGAUCCAAUGGUUUCGGUUAUGAAACUUGAUAAAUCUCCUACUGAAUCCUAUGCUGAUAUUGGUGGAUUGGAAUCACAAAUUCAAGAAAUUAAAGAAGCAGUUGAAUUACCUUUAACUCAUCCAGAAUUAUAUGAAGAAAUGGGAAUAAAACCACCUAAAGGGGUUAUAUUAUAUGGUGCACCAGGUACGGGGAAAACUUUAUUAGCUAAAGCAGUGGCAAAUCAAACAAGUGCAACUUUCUUAAGAAUUGUUGGUUCUGAAUUAAUUCAAAAAUAUCUUGGUGAUGGUCCAAGAUUAUGUCGACAAAUUUUCCAAAUUGCUGGAGAACAAGCACCUUCAAUUGUUUUCAUUGAUGAAAUUGAUGCCAUUGGUACUAAGAGAUAUGAAUCUAGUUCUGGUGGUGAACGUGAAAUUCAAAGAACUAUGUUGGAAUUAUUAAAUCAAUUAGAUGGGUUUGAUGAUAGAGGUGAUAUUAAAGUUAUUAUGGCUACUAAUAGAAUAGAAUCACUUGAUCCUGCUUUAAUUAGACCUGGUAGAAUUGAUCGUAAGAUUUUAUUUGAAAAUCCUGAUGCUAAUACUAAAAAGAAAAUCUUAACUAUUCAUACUUCAAAAAUGAGUUUAGCUGAUGAUGUUGUAUUGGAUGAAAUUGUAACUUCAAAAGAUGAAUUAUCUGGUGCUGAUAUUAAAGCUAUAUGUACUGAGGCUGGUUUAUUGGCAUUAAGAGAAAGACGUAUGCAAGUUAAAGCUGAAGAUUUUAGAGCUGCAAAGGAAAGAAUUCUUAAAAAUAAAAUUGAGGAAAAUCUUGAAGGUUUAUAUUUGUAG